AUGGACGACGAUGAGCGAACGGCUCCAUCCCCUCCGCCGCCGCCUACCUCUCGACCACCCCCCUCAUCAUCCACAACCUUCAUCCCGCCCUCCGUACACGCCCAAACCCUUCGCUCGGGCGCAUCCUACUCCCAUUUCUCCCCCGUACCCUCCUCCCUCCUCGCGCCGUCCGAUCCGUCCGAUCCGUCGUCCUCGCCGCCCGCCUGCGCCCUCGGCGUCGAUGAGGCCGGCCGCGGCCCCGUCCUCGGCCCCAUGGUCUACGGCGUCUUCUACCUCCCGCUACCCCUCUCCGACCCCCUCCUCCGCCAAGGUCAUCACUUCGACGACUCCAAGGCCCUCACGCCCGCCGUUCGCUCCGACCUCAUGCGCGCCCUCUGCUCCCCCGGUUCCGACCUCCACGAGUCCUGCGGCUGGGCUACCGCCGCCCUCUCCGCGAGAGACAUCGCCGCCGGCAUGCUUCGUCCCGUCGUUCCCUACAACCUCAAUGCCCAGGCCAUGGACGCCACCGUCGACCUCAUCAAGGCCGUCUACGCCCGCGGCGUCAACGUGCGCGAAAUCUACGUCGACACCAUCGGUCAGCCCGCCCCCUACCAAGCCAAGCUCCAGCGCAUCUUCCCCACCGCCAAGAUCACCGUUGCCAAGAAGGCCGACAGCCUCUACCCCUGCGUCAGCGCCGCCUCGGUGUGUGCCAAGGUCACGCGCGACGCCGCCCUCGAAGAGCUCUAUCGGGCUCGUGCCGCCCACGAUGCCGAUGCCGAUGCCGAUGCCGACAACGACGGGUCCAUGGCGUGGGGUUCGGGAUACCCUUCCGAUGGCCGUUGCGUGUCUUGGAUGAAGGCCAAUAUGCAUCCCCUCUUCGGCUGGGGCCCCGAGUGCCGCUUCAGCUGGGGCACGGCCAAGGACAUGCUCGAGACCAAGGGCAACGGUGUCAAGGUAGAGUGGCCCGUCGACGACGACGGCGAGACGACGAGGCUCACCGAUUUCUUCACCCCCGGGGCCGGAGACGCGGCCACCGAAGAGCUAGGGACAUGGUUUGGGACCUCUACCGGGCUCGAGGCAUUUUAG